ACUCGCAAACUUACCUUGCGGACUAGGAGAUCUCUUUCAUCCACGCCGCCGUCGCCGGCGAUAGCAGCUAGGUCGGAGAUAUAAAUGAGUCUGAAGAAUCCUCAGCUCUGGAUCGCUUCCUCGAAAGAGGCAUGGAAACUGACAUUUACUGUAGCAAAAUUCUUUUGCGCCAUUCACGUCGUGGACAAAUACAUUUGUUCAAUCGCUUGGGUCCAUGGCCCUAGCAUGCUUCCGACCUUUAACCUAACCGGGAACUUGGUAUUAGUCGAUCGGAUAUCAACCCGAUUCGGUAGUGUGGGGUCCGGCGACGUCGUAAUCGUACGAUCGCCUGUUAAACCGACAGGAAUGAUCACCAAACGCCUCCUCGGAUUGGAGGGCGAAUCUGUCAACUACGUUUUGGAUCCCAAGAACAGCGAUGAACGUGCAAAAACAGUGGUGCCAAAAGAGCAUGUUUGGAUUGAGGGUGAUAAUAUAUAUGCCUCUAGGGACUCAAGAUUGUAUGGAGCUAUUCCUUAUGGUCUCCUCCAAGGGAAGGUUGUUUGGAAGUUAUGGCCACCUGAAGAUUUUGGAUCUGUUGCACGAAGGAGAUAGCAGCAUCUUUACAAAUGCUCGUCUAAAAUAGUUUGAGAUGUUGCAGUUCUCGCAAUCCGUCAUUGUUAACAGGUGCUUAUAUUCUAAUCAAGCACACCAGUCAGCGGUAAGUCAAUACACAUUUCUGAAUACCAUAAAUGAAUCGUCUUGUUCAUGUUAAUUUUCUUCAAUCUCUGCAAUGAGGGUUGAUAAUGAUUUAUUUUUCAUAUCUUAUAGUCAAGAUUGUUUUAUUCCA